AUGGGCUUCCUUGAGUGGCUGAUGCCCCCAAGCAUCUUCAAUGUGCAUCAAACACGCCUGCUAGAAAACGGGCAAGGUGCUCAGCUGGAGCCCGAUUUCAGGCCGGCUCUCCUGGUGGUUGACAUGCAAGAGGACUUUUGCCCACCGAACGGCACCCUGGCAGUCACCGGCGGCCGCUCCAUAACCCCCCUAAUCAACACCCUCCUCUCCUCCCCUCUCUUCGUCCUCCGCGUCGCCACAAAGGACUGGCACCCGCCCAACCACAUCUCCUUCGCCUCCAACCACAACCACACCUCCUCCCCCUCCUCCUCCCCCUGCUGCCCUGACUCCUCCGGAGAAGCCGCCAUCCCCUUCCUGUCCACCACCACCGUCCACAACCCCCACAACCCCUCCGAGUCCUACACCACCCGCCUCUGGCCCUCUCACUGCAUCGCCGACACCCCCGGGGCUAGCCUCAUUCCCGAGCUGGACGUUUCCAAAAUCGACCGGAUUCUUGAAAAGGGAACCAACCCCCUCGUCGAAAUGUACUCGGCCUUUUACGACCCCUUUACCUCACCCCGCGUUAGCGAUUCGGGCCUGGCCCACAUGUUGAAGGAGGCCAAGGUAACGCACGUUUAUGUGGUGGGACUGGCGGCCGAUUACUGCGUGUGGAGCACGGCGAUGGAUGCACAUAACGAAGGGUUUGAGACGGUGGUGGUGGAGGAGGCGACGAAGCCUGUUGAUGAGGACGGGUGGAGGAAGUGUAAGGAGGCGCUGGUGGGGGAGCCGGGGGUGAAGGUUGUGAGGUGGGACGGAGAGGAGGUCAAAAGGUUGUUUUUUGAGGGUUUGGUGACGACAAGUGUUGGUGCUGGGGAUGACGAGGAGGUGGAGGAGAAGGAGGAGGAGGAGAAGAUUUGAGGAGGUGGAAGGAAGGAAGGGAAGGAGGAAGAUUGAAACUGGAACUGCUGUCGGGGAUGGACGAGGUCAGUGGGAAAAGGGCUUUGGCUUUUUGUUGUGCUUUUGCAGGCGGGCAAAGAGGUACCUUAUAUGCAGCGUUGGCUGCUCGGUCGUUCGACGGGAGCAUGACAACAUGCAGUGCACAGGCAUGGCAUGGCGGCCAUGCUUCAGAACGGAUAAUGCGUUGCUUCGGCGCCUGCGUUGCGUUGCGUUGCGUUGCGUUACGAGCUUUUAGAUUGUUUAUUCGUUUCCAUUUUCUUUCCACGGCCGAUUAUAGCCGACUUUGUUUAGGCUUAGCGAUGAGCGCUGUUAGCGAUACAUUCUUGAUACCCUUCCAGGAAGAUGGCAAGUAGAUACCGACAUGUGCGGUGCAAUAUCAUGGCAAUUAGCUUUGCCAUGUGUC